AUGAGCGACGACAAGAACCAGGCGUUGGUGGAGGAGAACAAGCAGCUGCGGCAAUGCCUGCGCGACGUGCUUGAUGAGGUGCCUGAAGCGAAGCGGGCAAAGAUUGAGGCGCUGCUGGGCGCAUCCAGCUCCUCUGCUUCAUCAGCGAACACAUCUUCAACAGAGAAGAAGAAGACGAAGGACAACAAGAAGAAGACCAAGCAGAAGCACAGCGAGAUCAUCUCGUCAUCCUCGUCCAGCAGCAACUCGAGCAGCAGCAAUGCCAGUGCGCAGGCAAGUCCGAAGAAGCCAGACCAGGAAAGCAUCCAGCCCACAAAGGAUGCGGAAGGCGGGCUCCACUUUUCUCUCGACGCAAAGCGUCGUGUCUCCGUCACCGUCUUCAAGGGCAAUGUUCUCGUUGGACUGAGAGAGUGGUAUGAGAAGGACGGCAAGACCUUACCUGGCAAAGGCGUCUCGCUCAAGGCUCCCGAGUGGAAGUCGCUGGUGAAGAACGCAAAGACGGCGACAGAGGCGUUUGAAAAGCAGAACUUUGACUUUGUCACAGAGUUGGGAAAGACAUGGAAGGGCCAGAAACGGCUCAGCCUUCGCUCGUACAAGGGAAAGAGCUUCUUCGAUGUGCGGGAGCAUUAUGAAGACAAGGCGGGCGAAAUCAAACCAACCCGCAAAGGCGCCACGCUGUCCGAUGCCGUGUGGAAGCGGCUGUGCACGCUAAUGCCGCACGUCGACAAGGCCGUGGCGCAGCUCAGCGGCAACACUGAUGACGACGACAGCGACGGCGACAAUUGA